GUUUUUUGCUGUAUAUUUGUUUUCUUGUCUUUUUUUUUAUUGCGUUGAAACGUUUGGUUAUAACCGAACUGACAAUCGAACUAGCCAUUUUAAAUGCUGCGUGGUUUUAGCGGCGACUAGUUCGUUUCCCAACACCAUGCCCCGUCUGUUUUACAUAUUGCUACUGGGAGUUGUUGUAGUCCUCAUCGAUUUAAGAGGAACUCAUUCUUUGGCCAUCGACAGCAAAGCGAAGGGAGAACAAAAGGCAAGCGCGAAGACGACAGCCAAUCAAACUGCUGCUGUGCAAUCGCCGAAAGUCAGACAAAUCGACGACGUUGUCACCGGUAAUGGAAGAGAAACUUUAAAGGGAAUAAUAGACGAUCAAACAACUCAUUUGUUUUUCGGGGAAGCCAAUUCGUUCGCCAACAAUGGUCGAACAUUCCCGGCAGACACGUUCGGUACCCUACUGACAAACCAAGAAGCAGGAACUGACCAUUCUGCGGACGCUUCUGUUAUUAUCCUCACUACUAACGAACCUUCACAAGAAGUCCAAGCAGGGACUAUAGAAGUUCCAGUUUUCGAACUUCAGCCACAGCCGAAUGCUGAAGAACCGACUGGAGAUUCACGAAUCGUCGACAGCGUGAGUGAAUCGGUUGCUGAAAGCCAAUUGGAUUCAAUCAUUGAACCAAACGACCACGUCCAGGACGAAACAACUGGAGAAUUGAUCGCCAUUAGCAGAAUUGAUGAAUCCUCACCAGAAAUUCAAAAUGGCGGGCAAGUCUCUCCACUCGACGAAACAACAAAUGUUGAAAAAUCCGAUUCUUUCGUUACCGAUGAUGUCAUCAGCGAAACAACAGGAGAAACGGGGCAAUCAACGGAUGGCCAUCACAUAACUCACGUCCAAGAAACUGAAAUUGCCGUCGGUGAUCACUUGGCUCCAUUUCCCGCAAAUUCGGGAGAACCUGGCACAUUUCAAAUGGAACACAAAGGUGAUUUUGCUGUAGAAAUGAAUCCCAACACUAACGAACGGGUCAACGUGAGAAGCAAAACGGCAACCAACUUGAACUUGUCUGGAGCAGGGAGACAUUUGCCGAUGGUAAAAGUGAAACAUGUUUUCAACAUCCGCGUUCAACCCUUUAGACCAUCACUUCCCAUAGCACAACGGAACCAAGGCGACUCAUCUGUGGAAUUUGUGCAGCUGGAAACAGGUCCGUUUCAACCAGAGCCUCAAGUUCCAGACGCUGUCGGAUUAGCUCGAACUGAAGAAGAGUCUAGUUUAGGUAACGUAGACUCUUUCGUACCUGAAGAUAUCGCUGGACCUGUACAAUUCCAGGUAGAGCCCAUCAAUGUAGACGUCGACCGUGUUAUCGGGACGCCAGAUGAAGUGCCAAUUGAUCCGGUCGUUGAUCAGGUAAGUCCGGCCGAGCAAGGAACCAAUUCCGGCGGAACCGAUAGCUUCAUCGUCAUUAGCAGUGCGGAACAGUUUCAUAAUAAAGAUACGGAUGUGGGCGUCAUCCUCGCCAUCCGACCACAGGCAAAUGUAGCCACUGGCAUAUUCCAAACUGCUGAAGACGUUGGUCAAACUAUUCCAAUCCAACCUGAGAUGAAUGAAGGAAGAGCUGAUGAUUUUGUGAAUAACACUGAGAUGAAAGAAGAAACUCUGUACCAGCCGGAAACGAACAUUGGCGAAAGUCAUACGGCUACUGACAGUUUUGUAGGUCAAACCGAACCGAGAACCGAAAUGACAGAUACAACUGGUUAUCAAACUGAAACGGAUCAACCUGCAGAUGGACAGAAUCAAAUCUCCGACGAAAGAGCAAUGAGAUCCGCAUUUGCUUCGAGUUCAAGCCGACGAUCAAACAAUGGCCAAAGACCAAUUAAUCGGCAUAUGAUCGACGGAGAUGUUGAUGAGCCUAGCAUCUCCAUUGAAUUCCUGGACCGGGAACCCAAUCACCGCGUUGGAGCAAAUCAGGCAGCUACCCACCGGAAUAGAACUGUCGUGGUAGAAGUGGACGAUGGCUUUGUGUCCAGCGAAAUUAUCGGCCACAUUGAUGAAAAUCGGAAGAUUCAUCUUUCCCGACCAACUCAAGAACAGCAAGAAAGGCCUUCAAUGAAAGCUGCACGUCUCGGUGGAAAUCGGCAGGAAGGCAAAUUACGAACGGUGACAAUUGAGCAAAUUCAAGCAGCUGUUAAUAAAAAACAUUCCGACGAAAUGCGAGACGAUAGUUCGGCAGAGAGAGCACCUUCCCAAAACUCUGACGAACAGGAUGAUCAUUCGCUGGAAGUCAAUGUCAGAUUGCUAUCGAAAAUCAAACGAAUUUUGAGGACUGAAUUGCGCAAACAAGAAAAACGACCUAAAAUGGAAUUCUUCCAACACUCGGAAGAGCAAAAUGACAUUUCCUUGGAGUUGAACGACAUUUUAAAGAACCCUUUGUUCCAGCAAAAGAUACACGAAAUGGACGGCCGUUUGAAAUCGGCGCCGGAAGCUAGAGGUAAACGCCUCAUAGAGAAAUACGCCGAAGCUCUUGCGAUAUCUUCUAGUAGUUCGUCUCCGAUCAUCAACUCUUUUUUGCCAUUCUUCAUCGCUUGUCUUUUAGUUUGUUGGUAAUCAGAAAUUGCACGUCUACAAGCUCACUGUACAUUUUUCUCAAUUCGAUCAAUUCUUUGCUUUCCCAGUGGCGUUUAAAUCAUUUCAUGUAGUCUGUUUAACUUUUGUAGCAAUUUGUAUCGACAAUACAUGGAAUUCAAUUCUCUA